AUGCAAGAGCUGUAUAAAAGCAGGCUCUKCUCCCCACUCUCACAUUCACUCCACUCACCUCCAUCUCCUUGGAGCAAGGUGCACCUGCAGCCCCAAGACAUGUCCUGCUACACUCCAUGCCUGCCCUGCCAGCCCUGUGGCCCCACCCCGCUGGCCAACAGCUGCAAUGAGCCCUGUGUCCGCCAGUGCCAGAGCUCCAAYGUCGUCAUCGAACCCUCGCCUGUGGUGGUGACUCUGCCUGGUCCCAUCCUCAGCUCCUUCCCUCAGAACACCGUGGUGGGAUCCUCCACCUCAGCUGCUGUUGGCAGCAUCCUCAGCUCUCAGGGAGUGCCCAUCAACUCUGGGGGCUUUGGCCUCUCUGGCCUGGGCAGUGGCCUCUGUGGCACGAGGUYCYUCCCCUGCUAAAGCUGCUGGUGAUGGCCCUGGGGAAGGGACCCAGGGACACCCAGGAUGGAGCCACCCUGGGGACACAGCAU